CGUAUCAGUGUGGCAACUUCUGAUAAACGAAACAACGAAGACGACGAGUCAAGAGUUUGUCAAAUUACAUCGGUUUUUCUUUGGUGGAGUGAAAAAUAUAGAAAAAAAGUGUAAAAAAUCACGUAUAUUUGCUUAGAAACCCUACAAGGAGUUAAUUGUACAUAUUAAUUUUAAAGAGGAUUAUUGCAACAAUAACCACAAAUAAGCAUACGUGUUUGAGAAUAAGCAAAACGUAGACGAGCGAGUGAUUUCUGUUUUUUUUUAUUAAUAAAACAUGGCGCGUCUAACCUACGUCUAUAGAACGGAGGACAUAAGUUAUGUGAACGUCGGCCGGAGACAAUUGCCCGUCAAUGCUGGUGAUGAUAAUCUAAUGAUGCUUAUGGACUUAAAUAGUAAAGGUCUUUGCAUUGAUAGUCCCCACAUCCGCGGCAAAGAACUUGAGGAAUUUACAAGGAAAUUUAAUCUACUCACAACUGAUGAAUUACAAACAUCGUUGGAAAUUAGCAGCAAGACAUUUGUAUCCGUUCUAAAUCAGUGUGUCCAAUGUGUGGGUUGUCGGCGACGUGUCGAGCGUCUUUUCUAUCAGCUUACACUCUCCGGUCAUCCAACGCUCGAUCCAUUGGUGCUGAAAAACUCUUGUGUUUUGAGUAUAGCCGAAGAGAAAAUGAAAACCCCGCAAGCCUUAGGAACACUGUUGUAUCGUCACCACGAGAUACUGAAUAAUUUGCUGGAGAGUAAGUUACGGAAUAAGACAAGGUGUGUACUGCAUUCGUUAGAUGCAUUCCGUUCGAAACCCUUCUCGGAGACAUGGCGGGAGGUGUGGUCGUCGAUGAAACACAAUUGUCGCGAUGAAUUGGCCGUGAUCGAAACGAAAGAAUUGCAUGAAGUGUUGGAAAACUAUUUGAAGAAGCAUAAAUUCUGUAAUGGUUGCCGUACGAAGAUCGAAAAGGCGUAUAAAAUUUUGGUAGGUGAGACGACAACGAAAGAGAAAGGCUAUGUCGCCGCACUUUAUGCCAAUAUCAAAAAGUGUCAUCCCGACAAGCACAUACAUGUUUUCACGAAUAAAAUCGACUUUCUCGACGCUCUAAUAAGGCGCGCCGAGCCCGAAGUCAAUGGAAGCUAUUCUAAAUUGCGAGAACGUCAUGCGAAAACAUUAGAAAUUGCCCAGGAAGAAGUACUCACCUGUGUCGGUAUGAUAAUGUACGAACGUUUAAGGCGCGUCUACGUGAGUCUGCGUGAAGAAGAACGUGCCUGUCAAGUGUUAGCUGCGGUUGGUGUGCAUGCGCUUUGUCGUAGUUUCGACAUGUCGGUGGAAAAGAAACAGGGUAUCAGCAAUUUGGAACUGCUCUAUCAAGAGAUAAGUCGAGCUGAAAAAGCCAAAGAGUACAAGCGCGAGCAAAAGAAAUUGAAAAAGAAGAAGAAGAAGAGCGAAAAGAAAAACUCUCGUGUAUGUGACCGCAACGAUGCCCAUGCAGAGGAGGAACAUGGCAGCGAUGAUGAAGAUCUGCAUGAACAUCAUGGCACCAAGGCUAGAUCGACCUCUUCAACAAUCGAUGACGAUGAUGGCGACGAAGUCGUGGACAUCGAUGAUGAAGAGGAAGAUGAUGGGACGUUAGCUGCUGGUCAGAAAUUAAAAGGCAUGGAAUUGGCGGACGAAGAUGCAGGUGUUGAAUGUGAUCACCCUGAAGAAAAUCACGAAGACGAGGAUGCGGAUGAUGUUAGUGAGCAUCAUAAACCGCAUUCGGUGGCAACGUCCAACCAAAACUCAGUUCAGCCAAAUACUCAACAGCAAAAGAAGAAAAAACAAAAGCAAAAACAAAAAAAGAAAAAUGCCUCCACCAACAACAACAGCAGCAGCGGCAAUAAAAAGAAAGAGAAAACAUUGAAAAUUGAAGCCACAACUGCUCUCGGUACUCAGGUUGGAGCUAAAGGCACCAACACUACUGAUAACAAUGUCUCUACUGUUGCCAUUACUAAUACCACCAAGUGCAACGACUGUCAAUCACCAACGUCCGACUGUCCAUGUGAAAGUGAUAUCAAAGAUUCUGGCUAUGGCAGUGAACCUUUGUCCCAUGGAAAUUCACGUACCUCUAGUGUUGUAUCAUCUCCCGAAGAUACAUCGGAGGGUUCCGAGGUCUCGUGUUCGGAUGGUUUUUGUAAUCAUGAAAGUAGCAAAGAUAUAGGAUGUGGUGGCAUACAUAAAUGUCAUUCGGUUGAUUUAGAUGAUGAGCAGCAACAGAAACAUCAUCAUCGUCACCAUCAUCAUGACAACGAAGUGCAACACAAUCAUGAUCAUUAUCAUGAUGACGAUAAUGAAUUUAGCUUUGUUUCGGAUUCUUGUAAAUUCUGCCAAGAGGAUAACUUGAAUACGUUGAGUCUGGAACAAAUGUUGGACGAUUUCGAUGGCGAUGACGAAGCUGAAGAAAACUGUUACAUUCCCCAGGAAGUGGUCUUAGAGUAUCAGUGCCAACGUGAAAAAGUUCAACAGCAGCGUUUGCAAUUGCGUGAAACUUUACGUGAGAAUUUCGCACGUUUGUGUAUGCAACAGGGGCGAUCGGUGGCCUCCUCCCCCUCCUUCAUGUCAUAUAAAUAAGUUGUACGAAUCAAGCGAAACUCUUCAAAACAAAGUCAUCAUAUUUACAGAUUGGUUGCCAUAGCUUGCAAUCGUCGUUCAUUUCUAAAAAUGGACAGCAGCGGCAACGACACCCUUAAAGGAAUAGCAAAAUUUGAACUUUUUCUUUUUUGGCAAGACAACAGAAAAUAUAAAAUAUCAAUAUAACAACUGUACUUCCUCCAUUGCCUCUCCUCCCUUUCUUGUCCUACCAAUUUACCUACUGCUACCUACCUACAUAUAUAUAUCAUCAUUGUGUCCACACCCCCUGUUGCAAACAAAAAUUAAAAACUCAUUUCAUGCCGCAUAGAGGGCAAAAAUGUUUUGAAGUUGAUAGAAAAUGAAAUAAUUUUGUUUGCUAAAAGAAAUCAUAGAAAUUAUGAAUUGAUUGAUUGUUUUCUUUUUAUGUUUAAAAAAUAUAUACAAACAGAAGAAAUAUUAUUUAAAACAGAAAAAAAACAAAACCAAGCAUUUUUUAUAUUAUAAUUUAUAUUAAUGGAAAUACAAUAUUAGUUAGCUUUGGCUAAAAAUGUUAA